AUGAUGUCCUCAUCAUUCGCUCCGAGUCUCACCCGCCGCGACACCAAAUCCAGCAUCCAUGACAGUAGCAGCGGAAUUGGGCUCGGCCACAAUGGCAGCACGGCGGGGACGCUCCCGCCGCCCCUGACGAGCACGAACGGGUCGUACGGCCCGCAGAGCGCGGCGGCGGUCUACCAGCACAUCCACGACAUGGCGGCGAAGCGCAUCUCGACGCUGGGGUACCUGCGCAAGGCGCACGAGGGGCGGAUCUACUGGUUCAACACGGUGCACUUCUCGCGGGCGGACAUCAGCCGGCUGGCCUACUUCGAGUCCCGCAAGCUGUCGCGGCGGGCGAUCAACUUCCUGCUGCUGGGGCUCUCGCUGCCCCCGAUCCUGGACGUCAGCACGACGCCCGUCGAGUUCCUGCGCGCCCUCAACGCCCUCCUCCUCGAGUUCGAGGCCUUCCAGCAGGUGCACCCGCCCGACGGCCCGCCCUCCUCCACCGCCUCCGCCCUCGCCCGCGCCCGCAUCCCACAGAUGUUCAAGCGCGCCGCCCACGCCUCCGGCGCCUACUCCUCCAAGGCCCGCCGCGCCAGCUCCGCCACCGAGAUCGGCCUCCCCAUGCAGUCCUCCGACCCCUCCGACCUGAAAGCCAUGGCCGCUGCCUCCUCCGCCUCCUCCGCCUCCAUGGGCUUCCCCCACACCGAGGCCUCCGAACUCCUCCCCGGCGAGGAAUACACCUACCUCCUGACCCCCCUGCUCCCGUUCGAGCCGGAUUACUUCGAGACCUUCGUCACGCUGUGCGACGUCCUAAUCGAUUGCUAUACCCGCUUGGUCUCGUUGGUCUACACGCCCAGUAUCUGCACGGUGGCCAUGGGCGAGAUGUUCUCCAAGGCCGAUGCGAAGAUCCGCAAGAUCAUGGUCGCGGGGAUUGUGCGCGAGUUCGAGGAUUCCAGUCGCACGCAGGCCAAGACGGAGAUCGCGGGCGUGAGUCGCGUCGUCUUGGGCGGGUUGAUGGGGUAG